UAGUUUCUUAUUAACUUUCAUACAGGUCGGAUCGUUAGUGAGAAGAGAAAGAACGAAAAAAACGUUGUUACAUUCGGCGCCAUUGAAUUUCUUUUAUGAAUUUCUGUUAGAAUAGAAAAUGUUAAAAUUGAAAUUUAUUGGAUCGUAAACAGAAUUGAAGUGAUUUGUUUUUCCGUCUGACGGUAGUGUGUGUCUCACAGACUUGGAUAUAUUGAGUAUUACACUCUGGGAUUAAACGAAAUACAUUUUGUUCAUUUAUUUGACAUAAAAAUAACCAUUGGCGUUCUGUAAAAUGGGCGAAACAGACGAAAAAGAAACAACACCCACCGAAACGGCUCCAGCCACUGAAGUCGAAGAGCCAAAAGAGACUGAGAAACUGUUGAAUAAAGACGACAAAAAGUCAGAAAACGAAUCGGCCGACACACCAAAUGCUGACGAGAAGAAAAUCGACGAAUCAGCCGACAAGAAGCCGGUUGCUAAUGGCGAUGAAAUCAUUGACAUUCCGGAGAAAACACCGACCACCCAGGAGGGCCGUGAGGUGAAACCAAAGAAAAUACCGAUUGGUGGUAUCAAAAUGCCGGGUUUCUUUACUCGCAACAAGCCAAAGUCUGAUGGUGAUGGUGCCGAUGGGGAGUUGCUGGAGAAUGCCGGAAAUGAGGCUAAAGCAGAAGAACAGGAAAAGGUGGCUAAGGAAACCAGACCAAGCAUUUUCUCGUCAUUCAGGUUUAGAAAUCCGUUUGCAAAGAAACCAGCUGAAGCGGUUGAAGAACCAGAGAAGAAGGAGGAAAAGGAAGAAAAAGGCGAAGGAGAAACUGUCGAAGAACCAAAAACUGAAUCAGUCGAUGAACCAGCACCACCAAAAAAGUCUCUUCUAAAUGCCAUACGGCUUCCCAUUGCGAACAUACCAAAAAAAUUGCGAUCACUUAAGGGAAACCGUGACGCGGACGUUGAAAUGGGUGGGGGACCGAACAACAAAGCCGGACUUGCCUCAAUGGAAACGCUAGAUGAUUCGUUAAAGGACACUGAAAACGGAAAAGAUGUGACUGACAAAGCGAUUGCAGUUGAGAAUGACAGCCUCGAAACAGUAAAAAUUACAGAAAAGGAUGAUGGUGAAAAUGAAAAGAAAAAGGAGACAGAAGCAGGUGAAGAGCAAGUGCCAAUCACUGCAAAGAAGACAAUCGUCGAAAGAAUUAGAGGAUAUCAUUUGUCCAUGGAUGAUUUGGCCAUCGUGGGUGGAGUUCUGUUGUUCUUCUUAUUGGUGGCUCUGAUCUUUUGCUUCACAUUUAUUGGCAAAUCUGAAUUAACUUCUGCACCAGUCCGCGAUGGAAAGUUUAUUCAAGCAGUUACAUCGUGCGGAAUGGUUGAAGGUGUCCUAGAAGAUACCUUCGCGUUUGCAUUCCGAGGCAUUCCUUAUGCGAUACCGCCGGUUGGUGAAAAUCGGUGGAAGCCAGCUCAGGUAAUUGAUAAUGUCGAUGGCUGUUGGAAUGGAACAUUUAAAGCUCAUAACUCAACGCCAGUGUGCUGGCAAAUUUAUGCAAAUGGUUCUGUCGAUGGCACCGAAGAUUGUCUGAAACUUGAUGUUAUCACUCCACACGUCCGAUACGACAAUCCAUUACCGGUGGUGGUUCUAGUCGGUGCGGAAUCGUUCACUGGUAAUUCGCCAAACAUUCUGCGACCAUCUGCUCGAUAUGCUAGAGCCAGAGAUGUCAUUUUCGUUCGUCCGAAUUUCCGUGUUGGCAUAUUCGGUUUCUUAUCGUUGGACGCAUUGUCGAAAUCGACACAUCCGCCAACAUCUGGUAACUAUGGUCUGAGCGAUAUUUUGGCCGUUUUGAAAUGGGUCAAUUUGAACAUUCAUCAUUUCGGCGGCAACCCGAAAGCUGUAACGUUAUUCGGUCACCGAGCUGGUGCCACCAUUGUCACGGCAUUGGUAACAUCACCACAAGCCCAAGAUCUGUUUGCAAGAGCAUGGGUCACAUCAGGCGCAUCCUCCUUCCCGGGAAAAACACUUCCAGAAUCGGAACGUGCGAAUGCGGCUUAUUUGGGUCAAGUCAAGUGUCAAGAUGCCGAAUGCUUACGUAAAGCAGAAGAUGAAGAAUUGUUGGAUGCCGUGCCAGAUACAUGGCGUCGUGUUUGGGCGGAUUUGCCGACAAGUGCUGAAAACGUAUCAUCGCGACACGAGUGGUUGGUUUUGGAUGGACAAAUUUUACACGAACAUCCAGCGAAUGUGUGGAAAAAAGAAGAUUUCGUUCCGAAGAAGUUGGUAAUCGGUACAACAGCGCAUGAAAGUCAUUCCGAAAAAUUGUUCUUGAAACACAAGGAAUGGACACCGGAACUUGUAAAGGAGCACAUCCAGAACAGCAUCAUCGGUCAACUGGGAUUAGUUGAUGUUGUGCUAAAACGUUACAAUGCCACAUAUCAAGGCUUGGUAUCGAUGAUUUCCGAUAUCCGCACCAUUUGCCCAUUAUUGACGAUAGCUCGACUUCAGCCAUCUGUACCGUUCUAUGUAGUCACACAGACCGCUGGCGAGCUAAAUCUGGCUGGCGUUGACGACGACGUUCAGGCAAUUUUGGGCCGUUAUGAACCACACACACCCGAACAACGUCGUUACGUUUCGGCUAUUCAACAAUUGUUUUACCAUUACGUAUCGCACGGCGAAAUCAAGCAAUUCGAAGUGCGUCGACGAGUGUUGGAUAUCGGUCAAGAUGCUUUGUCGGUGGAGAAUUAUCCGAAUUGUGACUUCUGGAUUACAAGGGAUAUUGUACCCAGGUACGCUCGGCUGGAUUAAAGAGAUGGUGGUCAGUUUUAGAAAAAAAUAUUUAUUUUUUGAAAAGGAAAAUCAUUUUCAUUAUAAAAUACCAAAACAGAAAACAGUGAGAACAGAAGUUAGUGUUGACUCAAUACAUUUAGAUCGGUAAGAAGGAAAUUCGUUUGGAUGUUCAGCAUCCAAAGGUUCACGAACAGUUCACGAAUGUUUCUAACGAAAUUGGCCUUGUAAGCUCUAAAAGUUGUCUAGUUUUUAAGGGCAUCAUUUCGCAUAACAUCUGUGUAACAGUGCAACAAUUUGUUGCAUACAUAACAAGGAAGGAAAGUUUAGUUUGAGACAUUCAUUGAAGCCCCACUUUUAAUUUCUCUUCAUGUUAUGUAUUCACUUUGUUCAUGGUAACAGUUCUGAAGCCACUAAAGCCACACUACUGCAAAACAAGAAAUACUUUCCUAUCCUAGGGACGUAACAGUAUGUUGUGUUACAAGUGUUGAAAUGUUGACUGUUUCAGCACUAGACCAAGUUUGUCAUACGAGCGGAGCGAGCCUUUUUGCUAGGAAAAUAACUAUUAUGUAAAUCCGUCAUUACACCACAGGUAGUUAUGUGAAACGUGUAAACGAUUGACCAUAACAAAAUUUUGUGGUCGAUUUCCGAUUUAGACAAUUUACCGUUUGUGUCUAAAGUGAAUUGAAUUUCCUUCAUUAAUCGAUAAAAUACCAUAGCCGGAUUCAUUAUGUAACAGUAGAUCUAUCUCGUUUCAAUAUAUUAGGAGAGUUUGAUUGUUAGUCAAUUUAUCAGUUUAUAGAAAAGAAAUCUAAAGUAAAAAUGAACCAAAAAAGACUGACGUCAACAUAGCCAAAAUCUCCUUUCUUCCACUUAAAUAUCUAACAAAAAGUUAAAGUUAAAAAGACAAAACAAAUGACAUUAUUCUGAACAAAUUAAAUCUUUGAGACCCAGUUAUAAGGAAACAACAUUUAAACCGGAUGUACAAUCAAACUCUUUUUUUACCAUAUCCUUACUUGACAUAAAAGACAGAGGAAAAAAUUUUCUUAGAAGAAAAUGGCAAUUUUGAAAUAACGAAAUUAAGGCUGAAACUACAAAUAUAUAAACAGAAGACGAAACACAAAUUGAAAAUAUUAUUUUAGUUGUAGACCUUUAUAAGAAUUACAAAGAUUAACAGACAUCGUCACCAACAAAAAUUACUUUUAAGUUUAAGUUAUAAAAGUAAAAAAAUGAUAUUUGCUCUCUGAUUCAGUACCCCUACUUACGGCAAUAUCUUUCUCGAUUUUUUUUUUGUAUAUUCUUUGUGUUUAUUGUCCGAAUCGAUUUUUUCUCUUUAAAUUUAAGUUGAAUUUUUCUUAAUUACAUUCGCUAUAUAUUUAAAACUAAUAACCUAUCUAACUGAUCCAUUUUAUAGAACUAUUAUAAAUGUAAAAAUUAAUAUUUGUACGAAGUUUUUUGACACAAUUUUACAUUCUUUUUGAUACCGAAAAAACAAUCAGCGGAAUAUUAGUGCAACACACAGAACAAAAUAUAGUUUGGUAAAUAAGAGCCAAACGUUUACACUCACAAUGUUUAGCCGUAGCAGGAGCCAAAAGUUUUUUUUUUCAACGUGCUCCGAAGGGAGCUUUUUAUCUUAAAACUUUAAAAGCUCCCUCCAAAUCAUUUAGAGAAAAAUGAUAUUAUUGGAAGGGAUACGCUAUAUUGUUAAACCGAAACACCAUAUCCCAUUUGUGUUUGCUAUUAAAGAGCUUUCGGAGAUUUUUUUGUGUAUUCCACUGAAACAUUUUCGAAUGAAAUUCAAAAGAAACAGAAAGCUUUCUAAAGCACACAGACAAUGCGAUAUUGGCUCAACACGACAGUAAAAACUAAAUUGUAAACGGGUGAAUGUAUUUCGGUCUUUAAUUGCUAGACUAACACGAUAUGUCGGGUUUCAACGGAACACGUUUUUAUUUCCUAGCUAGUCAAAUUGAAAGGAAAACCGAAAAGAUUGGGGCUUUAAGACAAUAUAUUGACAAUUUUGUGGUGAAAGGUGGUAAUAUCUUUUUGCAUCGGUGUAGAUUUCAAUACCUCAUGACCGGGACCUCAAUGACCCACAUUAAAUCGUUAAAAUUUUACUGGCGCUAGUUUUGUAUGGAAUUUUAUACGGGAUUUGGUUGCCCAAUUAUUUUUUU